CGGACGAUAACCUUUCCUUCUGACUUCUCACCUGCGAUCCGCUGCCUCCUCCUUCACAAAGAACUGAAAGAAGACUUCUUCUUCUUCACACUGUCAAACCUUUGGGCCCUUCACACUCGAUCCUCUCCACUGUCAAACCCACGACUCCACUGCCCUCACCAUCUGACACCAACGCAAACACGCCUCAAGAGCUAGAAUCCGGUAUAUUUGGACUCACCCAAUCGUACCUUUCGGCUUUCUCCGUCUCUGUUUUUGCAAUUUUCUCUGAAUCUCAGUCUUCCUUCUUCAGCGACCCAGCACUGGUUUGGCUUAAUGGCAUCAUCUGCAAUAAAAUCUGGGGCAUUAGUGUCACUAGAAGAGAUACACCCAUCUUCUCCAUUCUUCAAGCAAGGGGCAUCACUUAGAGUUACUGGAAAGCUACAAGAGUAUUCUGUUGAGACAGCUAUAGCCAUAGUUAUUGAUGGAAAUGCCAACCUGAAGAUCAACACUCAGCAUCUGAGGGACCUUAGCUUUCGAGUCGGUUCCCUCUACCAAUUUAUCGGUGAACUCCUUAUCCAACCUGAUAAUGAGGCAAUAUUGCAGGCACGUGUGGGUAGGAAUAUCGAUGGAAUUGAUCUAAAUCUCUAUCAUCAGUCCCUGCAGCUGUUAAGACAAUUUCAAGCUGAUCACUUGAGUACCCCUUGAUCCAGUUUUGGUUUUGAAAGUUACAACUGGAGAUUUCACCAAGAAAUUUAUAAUAGCAAACUAACUAGAUCUCAUACACAACAUAUACAAAGUUGGAUGGUGUCUUCUUUGUUCUCAAAUAUUCUGAUCUGGAUGUUAAUUUUCCUUUUACCUCUUCUUUAA